GGCGGUCUCUGCAUAACGUGUUUUAUCCAGUGUGACCACCCCAUUUACCCGACUCUCUCUUGCCUAACAAAAAUCAUGGUAUCUUCUUAUUCAUUUUCCUCUUCCCUUCCUUUUCAACCCUUCAAGACCCCUAAAUCCCCCAUUGCCUUCUCAUUCGCGCGGUUCGGAAUUCUGACCUGUACAUCCGAACUGGACGCCUCGAUACAGAAGCCCAAAUUCACCCCGGAUAAGCAAAAGGCUAGCACAAAAAGCCGCGGAAAAUCUUCUUAUGGCACAUCGCGAAGGUCAAUUCUCAAGAAAACAUUCAACCAAGAGCAAGUUAACUUCACUGCUCCAAUCUCAGAUGACCCAGUCGUUGGCAUCAUCGGAGGUGGCAUGUCGGGAAUCAUUUGCGCCACGUAUUUGGAGAAGCGUGGUGUACGGUCCACUGUAUUCGACACGGGUAUUCAUGGUCUGGGAGGAAGAAUGGGAACCCGAGUGAUUGAUCCGCAGCCUUUGAUAUUUGACCACGCAGCGCAAUUCUUUACAGUGAAUGAUUCUCUGUUUCGUGAGCUCCUUGAUGGUUGGUUGGAGAAGGGUUUGGUCCAAGAGUGGCAGGGUACAAUCGGAGAACUUCAUAAUGGUGGUCAUUUUGUUCCAUUUCCACCAUCUCCUUCAAGAUAUAUUGGCACAGACGGAAUGCGGCCACUUGCUGAUUCAUUACUGUCUGAGACUCACAUGGCAAGUGUGGUGAGACCAUGCUGGAUCAGUAAACUUGAGCCAUUCAAUGGGAUGUGGCACUUGAGUGAGAAUGGGAAACCUUGUGGGAAGUUUGAUGCUAUUGUUAUUGCACACAAUGGAAAAUGUGCAAAUCGCUUGCUUAUGUCAUCAGGACUACCACUAGUAGCUAAGCAAAUGAAGAGGUUAGAGUUGAGUUCAAUUUGGGCCCUUCUAGCAGCAUUUGAUGAUCCGCUUCCUCUCCCAGGCAGCUCAGCUGCAAUACCUUUUGAAGGAGCUUUUGUGAAAGGAGUUGAUUCUCUUUCAUGGAUGGGCAAUAAUACCAAAAAACUACUGAAGUCCCAAAGUGGUGGUCCCCACUGUUGGACCUUUUUGAGCACUGCUGCUUAUGGAAAGCAAAACAAGGUUCCACAGGAAAAUAUCCCUACCGCCACUGCAACGAAGGUGAAGGCAGGCAUGCUAGAGGGUGUUGAGGCUGCUCUUGGAUUACCAAAAGGAUCUCUUCAGAAACCAUUCUAUACCAGGCUCCAAUUAUGGGGUGCAGCUCUUCCAACAAAUACACUUGGCAUUCCCUGCAUCUUUGAUCCUUACGGAAGAGCUGGUGUAUGUGGUGACUGGCUGCUAGGUUCAAGUAUAGAGGCAGCCGUGUUUAGUGGAAUAGCUCUCGCCAACCAUAUUGCAGACUAUUUCCAGCAUGACGGAGCUCAUCACCCAUCGGAGUUCGCUAUCGGUUUGGAGCAAGAAUUUCAUCCGCUCCUUGGUCAUGAUAUCGGACAAUUCCCGGGCUUGGAGCCCCUAAAAAGGACGAACGAGAUUGAGAUGCACCAACUUGUAAAGUAGAAGUUCCUUCGAUUGCUAGUUAUUAAACCAGGGGUGCGGGUCUAUCGCAUAUUUCUUGGAAAUAGAAUUGCAACUGGAAACAUUUUUUCAUUAGUAAAUAAACGAGCAAUACUCUUUCGGAAGCCAACAAAA